AUGAAGGUCAUCGCUCUCGCCCUUACCCUCUUCGCUGCCGCUGGCUCUGUUUCCGCCCAGGUUGACGCCUCUACGGUCGACCCUUGCCUCAAGGGCUGUGUGAUCCAAGCCGCAAAGGAAAUCGGAUGCUGGAACGAGGGUGACAUCCCCGGCUCGAUCAAGUGCGGCUGCGGUGACAAGCGUGGCGAGGCCACUUCGCACGGCGUGGCCUGUCUCCAGGGCAAGUGCCCCGAGCAGAUUGGCGGAGCUUGGGGCCUCUUCGACAAGAUGUGCAAGGAGGGCGUUACCGGCAACAUCAAUUAA